AUGGCAACAGUAAAUGAACCUAAUUCAUGUUCAGUUUGCAAUAAAUCUUCAGCGAAACGUUUUUGCAUUGGAUGUCAAAAAUAUUUUUGUCUAAAGGAUUUCAAAGAACAUGAACAACAACUAUCAAUGAAAUUUGAUGCUGAAAUAGUAACAUCACAUGAUGAACUACUUAAUCAAAUACAAAAAUUAGAAAAAUCAAAUUAUUUUUCAUUAGAUUUUCUUGAUCAAAUUGAACAAUGGAAAAAAACAACAAUUAAUAAAGUAGAACAAGCAGCAGAAAAAGUUCGUCAUGAACUUAUCGAAUUAAUUGAUAAACAAGGAAUAACAAUAACAAAACAACUUAAAUUAAUUACAGAAGAAAUUCGUUGUUGUCAAGAAGAAGAAACUUUUGUUGAAAAUGAUAUUGAUCGAAUUCGAAAAAAAAUCAAUGAAAUUCAACAAAUACUUAAACCAUUUAUUCAAAAAGAUGCAACAAAAAUUAUCAUUGUUGAUGAUGAUCAAAUUGAUUGGAAUCGAUUUAUCUAUAUUCGUCAACACAACUCACCAUUACUACGCAGUGCAAAUCUAAAUGAUAAUGCAAAAUGGAUACAAAAUGGUUUUACUAUUGCUGGAGGAGAUUGGGGUGGUAGUGAAAUGAAUCAACUCUACAGUCCAAGUGGUUUGUGUGUUGAUGAUGAUCAAACUGUCUACAUUGCUGACUGCAACAAUCAUCGUAUUGUAGAAUGGAAAUGUGGUGCAACGAUUGGUCGAGUUGUGGCUGGUGGAAAUGGAGAAGGAAACAGUCUUGAUCAGUUGAACUAUCCAAGAGAUGUAAUUAUUGAUAAAGAAAACGAUAGUCUUAUCAUUUGUGAUUACAAUAAUAAAAGAGUUGUUCGAUGGCCUCGUCAAAAUGGUACAAAUGGAGAAACGAUUAUUUCAAAUAUUGGAUGUUGUGGCUUGACAAUGGACGAUAAUGGAUUUCUCUAUGUUGUUGAUUGUGAUAAACAUGAAGUUAUACGAUAUCGAAUGGGAAAACGUCAAGAAACAGUCGUUGCAGGUGGAAAUGGGCCAGGAAAUCGUCUCAAUCAGUUGUAUCAACCGACGUACGUAUCUGUCGAUCGAGAUCAUUCAGUUUACGUAUCAGAUUCCAUCAAUAAUCGUGUAAUGAAGUGGAUGGAAGAUGCAAAAGAAGGCAUUGUCGUAGCUGGUAGUCAAGAUGAAGAAAAUAGUCUUACUCAAUUAUCGAAUCCUGGGGGAAUUAUCGUAGAUCAAUCAGGUACCGUUUAUGUGUCUGACAAUGGAAAUCAUCGAAUAAUGCGUUGGUCUCAAGGAGCUACACAUGGGAGUGUCAUUGUUGGUAGCAAUGGUCGAGCAAGCCAAUAUAAUCAACUCUAUGAUCCAAUUGGUUUGUCAUUUGAUCGAGAGGGCAAUCUCUAUGUGAGUGAAUAUGGAAAUCAUCGAGUACAAAAGUUCAAUAUUGAUCGAAAUUGCUGA